CUCGAAAUCUUCAGUAAUAAUUCGUUCGGUGCUACGGAGAAAAAGUGGUUCUUUUCUCCGAGUUGUUUUUCCGCGAAGAUUUCGCCUUUUUAAUUUCCAAUAUUACACCAUCGGGCCAUCGGGAACCAGGAAUGUCCGUGUUGGCCGUAGCACAGGCAUGAGAUGUUAUUUUGGGAAAGCCCUGAAGUUUUACCGUUCCGUCGAUACGUUCCUUGAGUGAGUGAGCGAACGAGAGGGUGGCUGUGGGUGUGUGGGUGUAAUCGAAUACGUGCGCGAAAUAUGUAAAGUGCAGUCGGGGAAAAAGGAAACACGACACGCAGCGGAUAACAACAACGUUGCCAACCGGUCGAAAAUUGUUAAUACAUAAUAGGCACGAAUGAAAGUGAUACUGCACAAUCCCUCACUCCAAAGUAUCUCGUCGCGAACCGGUCUGGCAACACAGUCGUCGAGUAAAAUCGCGUACACGUCAAAAACAGAGAGCGACAGACGAAAAGUCAGUUCGACGAGAGACCGCAAAAAGUGAAGGCUAUCGCAGUGCCAGGAAAGCCUAGAAACGAAACAGAACUGCGAGACGUGAGUGUGCGAGUGUGUGAAAAAAAUGUCCUGAAAAAUCACUUCUUUGCUUGCGCCAAUUAGGAAAUGUGUAAUGUUUUUUAAAAUUGUUGUUCAAGAAUGCCGAUUCAGGCGCCCCAAUGGACAGAGUUUCUCAGCUGUCCAGUUUGCUGCAACGAAUUUGCAGCAAAUCUACGUCCACCCAUCAGUCUAGGAUGUGGCCACACCAUCUGCCGUACUUGCUUAGCGACCCUGCACAGGAAGCAGUGUCCCUUCGAUCAGACCAUUAUAACGACCGACCUAGAUAAUCUGCCGGUCAACAAUGCUUUACUGCAGCUGGUCAGUACCAGCAGUACCGCUGGUAUCAGCCCUGGAAGUGACAGCGGCACCAACAUCUCGACAUCGGGAUCUUCCAGUGCAGGGAGCGGUACGCUCGGUGGCAAUGCGGUCGAUCCUGAUCUGGGCUCUCCGAGUGUGCAAAAUCUGAGCCCGGACGAUCUGCAGUGUUACAAAAUCGCCAGAGGUUGCAUCGAGGAGUUGGCUCUGUACCUGAAGCCAUACCCGAACGGAAACGCCGGUGGACUUCUGUCGCGUCCGAUGCAGCGCAAACUAGUCACCCUGGUCAAUUGUCAGUUGAUUGAGGAUGAAGGACGUGCGCGAUCGUUGCGUGCCGCUCGCUCGCUAGGCGAACGAACGGUCACCGAGCUGAUCCUACAGCAUCAGAACCCCCAACAGCUGAGUACCAAUCUGUGGGCAGCAGUGAGAGCACGCGGUUGCCAAUUCCUGGGACCAGCCAUGCAGGAGGAAGUGUUGAAGUUGGUUUUGUUAGCACUGGAGGAUGGAUCGGCACUAUCCAGGAAGGUUCUUGUUAUGUUUGUGGUGCAGAGACUCGAGCCUCACUUUCCGCAAGCGUCGAAGACCAGCAUUGGGCACGUUGUUCAGCUGUUAUACCGGGCGAGUUGUUUCAAAGUAUCGAAACGAGAGGGAGACUCGUCGUUGAUGCAGCUGAAGGAAGAAUUCCGUACUUAUGAGGCCCUGAGACGUGAGCACGAUGCACAAAUAGUACAAAUUGCAACUGAAGCUGGUCUCCGGAUAGCUCCGGAUCAGUGGUCUUCGCUAUUGUACGGCGAUACGGCACAUAAAUCACACAUGCAAAGCAUAAUAGACAAAUUGCAAACGCCGCAAUCAUUUGUGCAAUCGGUGCAAGAGUUGAUAAUAGCACUUCAACGAACAGGUGAUCCAGCCAAUUUGUCCGGAUUACGAGUACACCUCAAGCAUCUCGCUGGAAUCGAUUCCAAUGCCGAGAACCAUGUGCCAACGUGGCGGGAAUGCUCGACCGCCCUCGAGGCAGUUAGACGGGUCGUUAUAGGCCUGGUAGAAUUUGUACAGCACCAUGGCAAUCGAAAAUUGCAGGAACCGGGACAUCUAGCUCAUAAUAGUAAAUAUAAAAUUAGUUUGUGUCGCGAUCUGAAUCUCCGAGGAACGUGUCCACGUGGACCAAACUGUACAUUUGCACAUUCGGAGGAGGAACUAGAGAAGUAUCGCACGAAACAGCGGAAAACCAAUAUACGUACACCGAAUGGGAAAGAUCACGAGUACGUAAGAGAUAUCGGAAUGUCAUCGAGAUCGCAUGGAUACCACUCAUCUGGCGAGGAAGCUUCGCCAAUGCGGUAUCCCAAGCCAACGCCACCGGUUCGCUAUCUAGAUAAAUCACCGAUGAGUAGUCACAGUCACGCUAGUGGAAGUAGCAACAGUAACAAUAGUCACAACAGUCACCUAGCGCCGAUCCCACCACACCCAUCCUACCCAAAUGUGCUACCCCCGACAACGCCACUUCAACACGGUGCCAACGGACGAAACUUCAGUUUCAACCCGAAUUUCCCAACCGGUGGCAAUGGGAACUUAUCCUACGGAACUCGACCGCAACCUCCACCAUUGCCACCACCACCACCACCUGUUCAUUCUUCUGGAGGGGUACGUGGUAAUUUCCUACGACCACCCAAUGGAAAUUACAUUGGACAUCCCCCACCUCCACCAAUGCAGCAUAAUGCUGGAAACGGACCGCCCAUGAACAUGUUACAUGGUGGCAAUCAUCAUCCAUAUCCUGCUGCUCAGCCACAACCAUUAGAGCAAGUACAUCCGCACAUGAUAAAUCAACCACCACCUUAUCUGGGCAAUCAGAGUUUCUCAGAGUUUGCGGAUAAGCUGGAUCAACGUCGCCAGUUUAAUCCGUGGGAAAAUCAACCACCACCAUCUGUUCCUAAUGCAAGCAACGCUGGAUCUGGUGGUGCACCAGCUUCACAGCAUCCAAUAGUUCCUUCGGUUAACAUGAUAAAUCAACAGCAUACGCCCAAACCAGGAAACAAUCCGUCUUAUCCAUCCCCCAUGAUGGGCAACAAAGGCCAUCCGCCGCCGCCGCCACCAAUGACAUCGCAUUCCCAACAUCCUAUGCCUCCACUGCCAUCCCAGCAACAGCAACCACAACAUCAUCCUGGUCACGGAAACAGUAAAUACUACCAAGGGAAUGCUUCGGCGCACCACAAGCCCCGUGAAUACCGUGAGAAACAUUUCAACAACAACAGUAACGCUCGACUUCAUAUGCCUACCGCUAACUCCCAACCUUCGCAAGUUCUUCCGACUGCGCAACAAUCUUCAGCGUUUGAGAACGGUAGCAGAAACCACCUGCAGACUCCACUCCCAACAACCACAGUACCAAUUUCGGCUAGCAAUGGAGGUAUGUACUCGGGGAGUAACGGUAUGAUGAAUGGUUUCCACGGCAGCAGCAUGCCAUUCAGCCGAAACGAAACCCUAGAACUGUUUAAAAUGCUGAACUUGACCUGUGGGUCAGAGCUGGCACACUUUGCUGGGGUCGCCACCAAGGAUAUGUUUGUUCGCUCCGAUUCUCUACUAGCCGACGAUGACAUUGCAAUUUCCGAGAACGAUUUCGCGAAUGCUGCAAACAAUAAAUACGGUCCUAUCUCGCGGAUGAGCAAUCAGUCCGGGAAACAGCGAGGAGAUUUUCCAUUCGCCGGCAACCUGUUAGACACCGAAUGGCUAUUGAGUAUGCAGCAGCAGUUGUACAACGAUGUCACUGCGCUGGGUGAUCAAUCUUCGUCCAAUUGUUCAUCCACAUCGUCAUCAUUCUACCAGCAAUCGCAACAGCAGCAUCCCGCCUCAUCGCAGACGCCCAGUAGUAAAAAUGAACCAAACAACAACACGCUUGAGCUGGAUUUAUUCCAAGUGGACCGAAAACUUUCGGACUAUAAUAGCACUUUAAGCGCAAGCAACCAAUCCACUGCGACGGCAUCACAUCAAUUGCUACAUCAGCAUCAAGUGGAGGCGGCACAGUUGCUCCACCACCAACAACAACAACAACAACAACAACAACAACAACAACAACAACAGCAACAAAAACAACAUCAUCCCCAAGCAACAUCCACUCCGCAGCAUAUGACGGUAUCGGCGGCAGGGCAGUUGCCACCAGUGCAUCAUUCGAUAUCAGCUGCCGCUGCUGGUUUGAUUUCGUCACACCAUCAGCAACAGCAAACCGUACAUUCUCACCAUUCGUCGCCCCAGCCCCAUCAUCAGCAGCACCAUCAGCAUCACAACCAGCAGCAGCAAGCGCAGCAACAUUCAUUCGUACAAUCACAUCAAAUGCAACAGCAGCAGCAACAGCAACAUGCUUUACAUUCGCACAAGCUGGCGGGUCAUCUGACCGAUGCGGUGUGCUUUAACGAUCUGAUGGGAAACGGUAGCGGUGGUGAGUUGAAGAUUCAUGCGUUCAAGGAGCUGAAGGAUUUAAAGGCCCAACAAGCAAUGGCCGGUUUAUCGCCAGUAUCGGGAGUGCUGACGGCAUCGACCUCAUCGUCGUCUGUGGUAUCAGCCCCAACGCCACUGUGGAAUAAUCUUCUCGAUUUGUCCGGUUUGAAGCCAUCCGCGAACAGUAGUGAUCUGGUAGUGGUUGGACACAACAACAGCGCAAACAGCCUUGUUGGUGGUAGCGGUAACAACACCAUACUCAGCAGUACAGCUAGCAGCAGCAUUUGCAGCAGUAACAACAACAACAACAACAACAGCAGCAGUAGCAACAAUGAAGAUUCCUAUGAGGCAGGAAUCGCUGACGAUAUGCGCGAACUCGCGCUCCGUCUCGAAUCCGAACUGGAGUUGGAUGAGAACGGAGUUUGAGUGGUAGAGCAUACAGACAUACAGACACUCGUAACGUAACAUACACACUUGACUGAUUGUGAUCGUUAUCUCCUAUAUGUGAAUCAUAUAUAGGAAAUCGCAAGCUUCGUAAGCUAGCAAUAGCUUACAGGUUCCCGGGUGAGGUAAAAACUGACCAUCAGAGAGUUUUAACAAAUUGUUAAUGUGCAUGAAGCGAUCCAAACCAACAAAUAAAUGACUAACAGAGUGCAAUGGCGACACCUUGCGCGACUAUGAAAGGGAAAGAGUGCGACACGUACUUUGGUUACGGAUGCCCAAACUGUUCAAUGUUUAUUUUAGAAACUUUUUCUUUCUGUUUUACAGAAAACGUGCGUUUUUAAGAAUAUUUUUUUCGGAUCGAAACAAAACAACUGUUUAGGUUUGGUGGGAAAAAGGAAUGAAACUCUAGCAAAACCAUCCCUUCUUUUUCACACAAAUUCAAAGUGAUUAGCUAAUAUAUACACAUACUUAUUAGAGAUUGUGCAGCGAGCAAUAGAAGAGUUGGAAGUUGGUGUGACGAUUGUGUUUGGAGAAAAAAUACAGUAGGAAAAGGAAAAUGCAAACCGAUAGCGUGAUAUAUACCGGAGAGAGGUGAUUUAUUACUAUUAUUACGGAUGGUUAUAACGCAAAUUGAAAGUAUAAUUGUUUCUAUUUAUUAAACGUUUACUUUGCUAAUAUUAUCACUUCGCUAUUCGAUAUUUGUAAUUGCUAUUUUUUACCCACAAUAUAUUGUUUAUCGAAAUUUCAACUCUAGCAUCUAAAUUUAGGAAUGAUUUAGAGCGUUAACAUUGUAACAUGUUUUAGCGCAUUACUCGUGUUGAUAGAACCUAAAAAUAUAAUUGUGAAUUUUAUUUUUUUUAUGAAUCAAACAUUUACAUAGUAGCCAAUUAUUGACUCUUUUUACUGUAAAUUACCGGUUUAAUUCAAAGUAUAGCAUAGCGUUUAAUAUGUAUGCGACAUUCUGUGUAGGCUUUAUAUAUACAUAUUAUAAUAUAUUUUUACGUAAAUACCAUGCGGACUUAUGUAAAAGCAAGAGUAAAACUAUGUUUUUAUCGUAUAACCUGUAGAAUUUUAGUGAUUUGCAGUAACACACAAUACUUACCGUUGCUGUUUCAUGCAAACAUUUGUUACUGAAAAAAAGGGAUAGUUACAGAUUGGUCCUGUUUAAGUGCGCGCCCAGAACAUAUUGUUUUUCUUUUAUAUUUACACCGACAGAGGAUUGCUUUAAAUAAACAAAACGCCGGUUGAUUUUUAUUAAAUCAAAUAAUAGCUUGUUCAAUGGAAAUGGGGUUUUUAACACACCUGCUUGACGAUAUAGCAGAGCUAUAUUUAAUAGUACCAGAAGAGAGAGAGGGAGAGGAGUGAAUCGAACGUCCAGCGAAAUAAUCUUUACACACCGAGUUCGUAUGAAAUAGAGAAAACAGGAAAGACGCUCGUGCUGCUAGCAACAUAUAGUUACUGUUAUGUUUGUAAUGUAGACAAAUUAUUACUAUUAUUUACCGUGUUCAAAACGUUGUAGGAAAAGAAAGAAGCAGAAGAAAAAUCGCUGGAAACUGAAAGUUAACAUUUUGGAUGGCAGAGAAUAGGGGAAGAGAGAGAGAGCGAGGAAAGUUUCUUGUUUUAAAAGAGAUUGCUUAAUGAGAUGUGGUAAUCGAAAAUUACCUUGUACUGUCGCUCGUUUGAUUAGAGUUCCGUUAAUGGAAACGGGAAAACGCUAUAUUUUAACGAAUUAUACGCGCGGAACAAUGUUUCAUACUGAAAGCAAAACAAACUUUACACAAUAAUUCUGUUGUGUUUUCUAACGGCUAUAGAGAGCAUAUACAACAAUUCAGAUUCAGUGGACGAUAGCAAUAAAAACACGGUUAGAAAAAGAGGGAAAUAAUCAAAGUCAACUCUGUUACAAACAACAAUACAAUAAUUCAAUAAUAUGUGGAGAAGAAAGUGAAGAGAGAAAGAGCAUACAAGGAAACAGAUGAAAGAGGGAAAGAGGAGAUGGAGUACUGCAAUUUAUUACGAAACGACAUAAGUAUCGGGCUGUUGAAUCACAAUGUUCUUUGCUGAAGAGAUGCGUGUGUAUGCAUCCUUUGGCAAUCGGGUGGGAUGAUGUCGAUUAAGGAAUUUAUUUGAGGCUGGUGUGUUUUUGCAUAUUUGAGCAUCCUGUCAGUGGAUCCAAUGAACACUAGAUGCGAGGGCAUCAUAAAUUUUCUACAUAUUUUUAGUAGGUACGUUUUGAAAUUUUAGCUAAAUUUAAACGAUGAUGACAUUCAUAUUUUGUGAUAGAACAUUUUGGAACACUUUUGAUAGAACACGAGCAUGCAUUUUUCGGUCAAACUUAUACACACUUAUUUAUAUAGCUUACCUGUCAGACGAGAGCCGGAGUGGCUCGUGCUGUAUCAAGAAGUCGUCUCCAUUCAACUCGGUUUUGGGCUGUUUGUCGCCAGGAUCUCAACACUCGCAAGUCGCUCUUGAUCUGGUUGAGCCAAGCAUGCGCCUACGUCACUCUCCGGCUUCGGUUGGCUUGUGCUCCACCGUAGAUAGUCCGCAACACUUUUCGCUCAAAUACUCCAAGUGCGUUGAGAUCCCAAGCGGGCAAUCAGUGUUUUGUACAGCUCCAACUUCGUGCGGCGGAGCACCAGAUUCGAUCUCAGAGUCUUCCGCACGAUUUCCACCUUGAAUGCAUCUACGGAUCUACUUGCUGCUAUUGUUGUCGGCAGUUACCAGCGAUCCCAAAUACACGAGCUCGUCUACUACCUCAAGCUCGUCGCCAUCCACGAUUAUCCGAGCUGGAAGGCUGACGUUGUUCUCCUUGGAACUUCUUGCCCUCAUGUACAGGGCCUUUCAAAUUAAACGCUCACGCAACAAAUUUUAAUAACAUCUACAAAAGUGAACUGAUUUCUAUUUUUAAAAAACGAAAAUAAAGCUUAUUUUAAGACAUUUUCGAUGUGACCACCUCUUUUUUCGAUAACGCGUUUUAAACGGUGAACAAAAUUCUUCAUGCACAACUCUAACAUUACGGCUUCGAGUUAUUUCGUCUUUAAGUUCCUCCAAAUUUUGUGCAACGGCCCUUCAUGUACCCCCAGAGGAAGUAAUCGACGACGAAAAAUGUUGAAAUUUUACCAUAAGAGGACAAAGUUUCAUUAAGGCUUCGGUUGCUCGAGGAAUACGAUUUCACUGAAAAUACACGUUCUUGUAAAUUGUAUAUCUUGACACUAAAAACCAUCCGAUGAGAAUGAACGAGUAGCCGAAUAUUAUUGUUCCGAAGUAGGGAAUGCAGUGUUACCAUCGACGGAGCGAAAAAAAAUUGUUGCGUGAGCAUUUAAUCUGAAAGACGCUGUAUCAUGAGGGCAUUAUGAGUCUUUUUUGAAUCCGCUCAAUUCGUGAAGCGUGGACAACAUGAUAUGGAGCCUAAAUUUGUAUUCCAUAGCGCAGCGUUGCGGCGUAAAAAUUCAGACAUGGCAUUGGCUUUCGCAAUCGACAUGGAUAUAUGUUUGUUGAAUCGUAGUUUUCUCUCCAUCAUCAGUUCAAGAUCGUUUGUAGAAUCGACGCUUGCAAGCGUCAACUGGUCCAAGUAUUCGAGUAUUCGAAUCUGAUCGGCGACUGAUCACAGGAUCAAGGUCAUCACCUUGCAUUUGAUUGUGUUUACUUGCAUGCCGCUCAACUGACACCACCUUAUUGACCGAGCAAUAUCAGUUUGAAGCGCACAGUAAUCUAGCAUCGAGUUGAUCGUGCGGAAUAACUUAAGAUCAUCAGCGUAUAGCAACUUACAGGAGCUUAAGAGGUCACAAAGUGAUCGUUGAUGAAUAAACCGAAGAUCAGAGGUCCCAAGUGACUGCCUUGCGGAACACCUGAUGAUAUUUCGAAGAUCUCAGAUUUGGCAUCAUAAGCCUUGACGAAGGCCUUCCUACAUGACAAGUAAGAGUUCAGUUAGCGAACAAUCCAUGGAGGCAGACCAAGGCGAUUCAAUUUUGAAACGGCGAGAUUUAGAGGUACUUUAUCGCAAAGCCUUCGAGAAGUCCAUGUACACGGCGUCUACUUGUUGACGUUUCUCGAUGCUGCGGAUAACUGUGCUGGUGAAGGUCAUCAAGUUAGAGGUUGUCGAAUGCUUUUUCAUGAAUCCAUGUUGAGAAUUCGAGAUCAUUGACCGCACAGCUGAAUACAACUUGUCAUGCAAAAAUCUUUCUAGCACCAUGGCUAAACAGCUCAAGAUCGAAAUGGGCCGAUAAUUUUCUACAUUGUGCAUAUUACCAGCCUUGAAGAUCGGUGUGAUUGAUGCAAGCUUCCAAACAUCCGGAAAAUCCAUAAGGUCAUCCAUAAGGUAGUGGUUAAAUAUAAGCAUGACGGGAGCGGCUAACGAUGCUGCACAGUUCUGGACGAAGGAUGGUGGAAUAUAGUCCGGACAUGGACCCUCUCGAUGCAUCAAUGGAUGGAUGCGUCAAUGGAUGGAGUCUCACGCUAUAUCUGAUGGAGAUCAGGGGCUAGUACCCCGUUAUCUGCUGCUGGCUCACCCAAGUCACUUCCGUCUCCGCUUUCGCUUGCUGCAUCAUCAUUCAGGUGAUCGUUUUGAGCAGCUUCUAGCCUGGAGUACAACCGUUCCGUUGUGUAACAAAUUUAACAUUUACCAGGAUGCACCGCUCGGAGGCGAAUUGCUUUACAUCUCUACAUACAUUAUACACAUUUAUCAUCCUCAUAUUAAGGAUGAGCACCUUCCAAGUUCUUGUUCACGGCAGUCACAAGCAGACACACUAGCCCAAAUAGAAUCUCUUGGGGGUUCCCAUCCCAAACGGAGAACAUCAACGUGGUGCAGUUUUUUAAACCCAAUGGGUUCAUUGUGAAUGACUUACAUUCAUUAUUAUUUAUGUUUAUUAUAAAUCAAAACAAGAUGAGAAAGAAGAAAGAUCGAUCGCAGAUCGUGAUGUAAUCGGAUCGGGUGUGCGAUAACAAGAGCGGGAGAGCAAGAACGAGAGUAGUGUAUGCUACAUCCCAACCAACACCAACAGCACAAGGCGAAAAAAAACACUGAUAACCGAUGAGAGAAAUUGUGUGAAACACAUUUAUAUGAAGAGGGUGAGAAGAAAAAAAACCAGAUGUUGUAGAUAUUAUAAAAUCAAUAAUAUGGAAGGCGUUUAUAAAUAAACAUGGAUCAUUGUUAAAUGGUAUAACAUAACUAAAUCGAUUCUGAUCCUUAAAUCGUUAGACUAACGAAUUAAUUAAAAGAGAUAACACUAAAUUCAGCAGUUAAAAAUCUUAUAAAUACACGAAGAAUUAAAUGAAAAGAAGGUUAAGGUAUAUAUACAUUUAAAGCAUGUGUGUAAGCAUUUUUGAUCAUUUGGAAAAUCGUAAAUCAAGAAAGAAAGAUAACGAAACUAUAUACAUUUGAUUAUAUACUAGGAUUACCGAGAGAAGGAAGAAGGAAACAGUUAACAUUUGAUAUAUAUUAUUUUGAGGACAAACAAACAUUAAAAUCAGAGUAAAUUAUAAAUUCUUUAAAGCAAAGGAAUUAAUCACCACCACGUACAUGGUUACAUCUUUUCAGAGCUAAAGGGUGGCUAAAUGACGAAAAAAAAAAGAAGAAAAAGAAGAAGGCCAUUCACAUCAGUACAAAUCACCAGAGCCACGUAAGAACGGUCCCGUACAGUCACAGACACACAGACACAUACACGCACUGCUAGUAACGGAGGUAAUUCAUUCAAAAUUUUGAGCAUCCGCUCCAGUUUACUUGUUUGUUUUAUAUUUCUGCUCAAAUUUAGUUCACUUUAUGCUACUUGAAUACAUCUAAUGUAAACUUAGAACAAUGGCGAUUUGUUUUCUGUGCGUUUUAUAUAUUUUCUGCGAUCCAAGCAAGCUCUUAUAUUUCAUAUUUUGUUAGAAGCGAGAAGGGUGGUGACUUAUGAGAUUUAUAUGUUCUGUUGUUAUUUACGUUUUCUUCUCAGUAGCCUCUAUUUUCGUAGGCCACGCGGAUCGAACUGCAACAGUAGCUGAAAAGCAUCAAAAUAUGAUUUUCUGUCAAAUAUUCUCCAUUGGAUAUUAUUUUAAUUUAUUGCUAUGAUCUAUUUUAUGUUAUCAUCGCUGGAGAGAGAGAGAAAUAUCGCAAUCAAAUCAAAUAGCUAGCGAAAAUAUAAGAUCAUUAGAAUUCAA